AUGGAAGAAGAUGUCAGUGAUGCCCUUGCCAAACGUAACUUCGGUUUUGUCGCUGACUUGUCUUUCUCUAUCCAUAUCCUCUCCCUCCACAAUAUAAAGCGUCUUCUUCAUGGUUGCCCAAUCUUAAACUGGGAUCUGGGUUGUUACAAACAUGCUAAGAAAUACAUUGACAACUAUGAUUGUUCUGGUAAUUUCCAUGGUCCAAAUGAUCAAUACGGUGGUAACUGGGGCCACGGUGAUUCUAAGCCUUUCACUGCUCUUCUUGAUUCUGGUGUUGUUUUUGAUAAUUGGUAUAGCGUGGGUAAGAAUAUUAACUUUGGUAAGAGCAUCAGUAUUGGUGCCAGAGUUUCUUUGAGCUCGUUCACUACUCUUAUUUGGAAAUCAACCCGCAGAGUUGGAUGUGCUUAUAAGGAUUGUCGUCAUAGGGGCCGUGGUUACUUUUACUACUGUAACUAUGAUCCAUAUGUUCCUAACCCUUCUGAAAAGCAAUGCAUAGACAAUAUCUUGCCAGCAAAUUAA